AUACAGUCUUCUCUCCUCUUCUUUCGUGCAGUCUCUGCAUCCCCCAGCGCUCUCCCCGUCUCCACUGCCCCGCCCCGCCCCCCCAAGAGACACAAUCAAACAACAUUUGCCUUUUGAAUUAACCGAUCGACAAUCAAUUUCAGUAUGUACAGAACGGCGGUUUCUCGAGUCAGAGCUCUCAAGGGCCGAACAGGAUACAGGGGAUUGGCUAGAUAUGCAAGUACAAGUGCUAUUGCAACCAAGUCAUCAUCAGGAAGUCUUUUUGGUUGGCUGACGGGUGAGAAGUCGUCUUCGCUUCCACCUCUAGAUUUCCCACUUAACGAUGUUGUUCUUCCCCCUCCAUUGCCGGACUACGUUGAGCCUGCAAAGACCAAGAUAACCACUCUUCCAAAUGGUCUCAAAAUUGCCUCUGAAACAUCAGCGAACCCUGCAGCUUCAAUAGGGUUAUAUGUUGAUUGUGGCUCAAUAUAUGAAACUCCAGCUUCAUAUGGGGCCACACAUCUCUUGGAGCGUAUGGCCUUCAAAAGUACCACUAACCGGAGCCACCUGCGUAUUGUACGGGAGGUUGAGGCAAUUGGUGGCAAUGUAACUGCAUCAGUCUCUCGGGAGCAUAUGAGCUACACCUAUGAUGCACUCAAGUCCUAUGUUCCUCAAAUGGUUGAGCUUCUUAUUGACAGUGUUAGAAAUCCGGCUUUCUUGGAUUGGGAAGUUAGUGAACAGCUCCAUAAGGUGAGCGCUGAAAUCAAUGAAUGGUCAAAAAAUCCUCAGCACCUGCUUUUGGAGGCUAUUCAUGCAACUGGUUAUUCUGGUCCCUACGCAAAUGCUCUUGUGGCUUCAGAAUCUGCACUUGGCAGAUUGAAUAGCAGUGUUUUGGAGGAGUUUGUUGCUGAAAACUACACUGCUCCUAGGAUGGUCCUUGCAGCAUCAGGUGUUGACCAUGACAAACUUCUAGAAUAUGCAGAACCACUUCUAUCCGAUCUGCCUAAAGUUUCUCGACCUUCAGAGCCAAAGCCAAUUUAUAUAGGAGGUGAUUUUCGUCGUCAAGGUGAUUCAGGGAUAACUCACUUUGCUCUUGCCUUCGAACUUCCUGGUGGCUGGGUUAAGGAGAAAGAUGCCAUAACAUUGACUGUUCUUCAGAUGCUUAUGGGAGGAGGUGGAUCUUUCUCUGCUGGUGGUCCUGGAAAGGGGAUGUACUCAAGAUUAUAUCUUCGUGUCCUGAACGAGCAUCCUCAGAUACAGUCCUUUUCUGCAUUUAACAGCAUUUACAAUCAUACUGGAUUAUUUGGAAUUCAAGCUACCACAGGAUCUGAUUUUGCACCACAUGCUAUUGAUAUAGCUGUUAGAGAACUCGUUGCAGUUGCAACUCCAGGAGAAGUUGAUCAGGUACAACUAAAUCGUGCAAAACAAUCAACAAAGUCUGCCAUUUUGAUGAACCUCGAAUCAAGAAUGGUUGCAUCAGAAGACAUAGGUAAACAAAUUUUGACAUAUGGAGAGAGGAAACCCGUGGAGCAUUUCUUGAAGGCUGUUGACGAAGUUACAGCGCAAGAUAUUGCUAAAAUUGCACAAAAGCUUUUAUCAUCUCCCCUCACAAUGGCAUCUUAUGGCGAUGUGCUUCAUCUGCCAAGCUAUGAUGCAGUUUGCAGCAGAUUCCAUUCAAAAUGAAGUUAUUCUUGUCUUGCUCUGAUCUGAAACCGUCCCUGACUUCCCGUAUUUAGGGCCAUUUGAAAUUGUUGAGCUGCUUUUUUACGGAAUAGAUAGAAAUAAGAUGAGUUGAAUGCUUAACAUGACAAAUAAUUGGUGAAAUACUUGGCAAGAAGCACUUCAAUACCUGAUUCAUUGUAUGUUUUGUAAUUUAGCAUGAAAUUUUUGGGGCUUCAAACUUCUCUUGGUUUUGUCAUUGCUGAAGUCGUCGUAAUGGAAACAUUGAAUUUUGCUGCCCUCUCUUUGGCUUAUUUAUUUGCAAGCUUGCCGUCAACUCUGGUGAAAAGAUAGUCAGCCUGGACUUGCCUCCACUUCAAACACCCAUGACGAUGAGUCUUCUGCUUGUGGACUGUUCUUAUAUGGAAUCUGCAUUUGAAUGCUCGUAAUUAGAUGUCCACAUACUUUUGCACCUGUGGGUUGUGGAUAUGGCAGAAACUGUAAUAAUAGCCUGUGUUUUAUGGUUGGUACCUUUCACAUUGUUUCAACUUUCUGUUGUCACCAGAUGCUACAUUACAUAUUUCGUUAAGGUUGAUCAUAUGCAGACUUGACUGAGUGCCCCUGAAA